AUGCACAAGGAGGACCCUGGCUGGCCGACAGUCGGGGGUAACCCACGAAGCCCUGCGUUUGGCGAAUACGACGUAUCUACUGGCGCUAUCUCCCACCGCACUAUCACUAACACACACCACGAUAUGUUCUGCCCCGGUAUCAGCCAACUUGAGGACGGUCGAAUCAUCAUUUCAGGUGGCUCUGGUGCCGAGGUUACUAGCAUCUACGACCCCGUCACCAACAACUUUACCCGCGGCCCAGACCUAAAGCUUCCCCGCGGCUACCAGACGACAUGCACCCUCUCCACCGGCGAGGUCUUCACUAUCGGCGGUGCCUAUUCAGGCAAUCGCGUAGCUAAGAACGGUGAAGUCUAUGACCCUAUCACCAACACAUGGACCUACCUCCCUGGUGCCGACGUCAGCCCUAUAGUAACUACAAAUAGUGGGGGUUACGAAGGCGACCAUGCCUGGCUCUUUGGAUGGAAGAAUGGCAGCAUCUUCCAGGCUGGCCCCAGCAAGAACCAACAUUGGUACAGCAUAGCAGGCAGCGGCUCCGUCAGCAUGGCGGGCACCCGAGAUACUGAUGACGCUAUGUGCGGCAUCUGGGUUAUGUAUGACGCUGUUGCCGCCGGCGGCAGCCCUCUCUACACAAACAGCGACGCCAACCAGCGUACACACAUCACCACUAUUAACGAACCUGGAGCCCCGUCUGUCCUCGUUACAGGCGGCCAACGCAAGUCGUUAAUCUUCAAGGACACAGAUAGUAUCCUUGUAGCUGAACUGUUCAACCCGAUAACUAAGCAGUGGAAGCAGAUGGCCUCUAUGACUGUUCCGCCUAACUAUCACUCUAUAUCGAUUCUCUUGCCUGACGCAACUGUCUUUGCAGACACAACGGUUGACCACUCGGAUGGCGAGAUCUUUGAGCCCCCUUACUUGUUUAAUGCGGAUGGCAGUUACGCUGCGCGGCCUACAGUCUCAGCCCUUAGCACUGGGCCCUUCAAGGCCGGUGCCAGGCUUACGUUCACUGUGGAAGGUGUCGUAGGUCUGGCUCAGGUAUCGCUAAUCCGUACCGGCAGCGUUACCCACUCAGUCAACAGCGACCAGCGUCGUGUCCCACUAGAUAACGUCGAAAUUAAUGGCAAGGAGUACUCGCCUAGGCUACCUAAUGACUACGGCAUCCUCACCCCUGGAUACUACUACCUCUUUGUGACCACGCCGCAGGGAACACCUAGUAUUGCAAAGACAGUGCAUAUCAUCUUGUAA